UUUCACUGCGGAAAAGUAUAAAAAGCGAAUGAAUUCCUUUCGUCAUUCGUGUCUGAAUUGUUGCGAUUAAGACCGGCCAUGAAAUUCCUCGUUUUGAUUCUGUUUUUCGGCUUAGCCGCCGCAUUUCCCUACAAUGUAGAAGAGUACAUGGACGAAGAUGAUGAGGAUGAUACCAAGACUGAAAUUGGAAAGCAUUUGAAAGAUACGUUACAAGACGUAUUACAAAAGAUCAAAGAUGCUAUAGAGCAUGGAAAGACAGUUAAAGAAGAUCUUAUAAUAAAGGCCAAAGAACUGAAAGAAAAGUUGAAAGAACUCCACGUUAAGGUCGGAGAUAAACUCAAAGAAUUAAUAGAAAAAACAAAAGAAAGAGUAAGGGAUUGGCUUAGAAAGAUGAUCGGAGGAGACGAUGAGAAAAGAGAUUUUUCAGGGUAUUUCAGAGAAGAUAUUAGGACCGAACUUGGUCAAAAACUGAAAGAUGCUCUUGAAAAAGUCUUGAAUAAAAUGAAAGAUGCUAUGGACCACGGAAAGGAAGUUAAACAAGAUCUUGUUGAAAAGGCCAAAGAGCUCCGUGAGAAGCUGAAAGAACUUCGCAUUAAAGUUUCAGAUAAAGCCAAAGAGCUGAUAGAAAAAUUGAAAGACAAAGUUGCAGAUUGGUUUAGAAAACUGUUGGAUAAAGAUGAGGAUGAUAAUAUCGAACGAAGAGACCUUGAUAUAAGAAACAAACUGAUACAGUUUAUCAGGAGAUUGAAAGCUAAACUCGACGAACUUGAGGAUAAAGGAAAGAUUCGCGAAUUUAUCGAAAACAACGUAAAAAGCAGCAUGAUCCGCGAAAAGCUUCUUGAAUGGUUAGACAAAGGAAUUGAAAAAUUCAGAGAAUUUCUUGAUAAGAUGGAUCGCAGCGAAAAGAGAUCCGCCGAGAGCCUUUUGGACCAUCUUAUCGAUGUUUUGAGUAAAGUUCGUCUUACCACCGGCGAAAAAAUCGAUUCGUUCGUUGAAUUUCUAAAGGAGACUUACGAUGGCGGCAAAGAAGUCUUGAAAGACAAAGCCACUUUCGUCAAAGAUCUCGCUCGUCACUUCUUGGAACGUGCCGAACAUUCCGGCAAAGAAGUAGCUCAACAGGCUCUUAAAUUCUUCCGUAUGUACAAAGAAGAUUUAGGCAAACUGUACGAAGAUGUGGAAGAAAAAGUGAAGGAAAUAGUCAGGCAAUAAAUAUUGCAUUCUCUGUAUUCUUUCAUCAGUAAAUAAAUGAAACAUUUAAUUUUAAAAUAA